AUGCCAAUCGCAUGUGAUUUUUCUGAUCAUAUAGCAUCUCGUAUGAGUGAAUUGCUUAUAUCGGGUUAUACGAUGCUCAAUGAGUAUUGUGUUUUAUGCAAUAAUAUUUUGAUGGCGGAUCGUCAAGGAAUUCGUCUUUGUGUCAAUUGCUCUCUGAUGAAUAAUCAGCAUAUAAAGAAUAGUCAUGCGAGGGAAACUUUUUUAGAGGAGCAUUUAUACGAUAAAUAUGGAAUAGGCAGCCGUGAUUGCAGACACGGAGCAAGUAGCGAUGUACUCUCUGUUCCUUCUUCAGCGCAACAAUCGAAUUCUGUAAAUAUGGCGUCUAGGCAGAUUACUUCUCUUGGUAGCCAACAAUCACUUAUUGAGGGUAACGAGAUGCUACAAGCUAUUGUUUUCUGCUCGGAGAGUAUAAAUUAUGUUGUGCAAGCAGUAGAGGACAAACUUAAGUGGUGCUCGAUAAAACUCAGAAAUAGUGAAGAUUUUGACGAAAUGACAAAGUUGUAUCAGUGCAUUGAGCAAGGAAUUGGAAUUAUAGAACAAGCAAGUUUGGGAAUUGUGUCAGAAGUUGUCGACACAGAUUUGCCAGGAAAGGCAGUGUUGAUUGCCGUUGAUAUGGAAAUGAAUUCAAAGGAUGUGCAUUCUAGUUGGGCAUGA